AUGGGUCGUGAUGAACGAGAGAGACGACGUGGGUUUCGAGAGGCGGAGAUGGGUGCAGCUUCAAAGGCAAACACCUGAGUCUCUUCGACCAUUUUCAACGCCUUCGACAUUCGCUAUUGGCGGUGCGUUCUGAAGCGGUCUGUCACGUGUCCAGAUCCAGAUAUCAAAUUCUACCUUUACACACCUGGAAGCCGCGGUGACUCAGUGUUAGAACACUGGCUUCUUGAUCUCAAGGACUCAGAUUGGAAUCGUCGGGAAUUUGUCGGGAAUUUUACCAGAGACAACUGGUACGGGAAGCAGAUCGAUAUCCGAAGUCCAUAUUCCCUGAAGUACGCUGGUUGGAAUCCGCAACGAAAGAACGUAAUCAUCAUCCACGGCUUCAACGGCACGGAAGGCAAAACUCCAAUGACAUUCAUCAGAAGUGCGUACGUGUCGCGCGGGGACUACAACGUGUUCACGGUGGACUGGGAGCCGCUGACGCGCUUCCCGUGCUACCUGUCCGCGCUCAGCAACACGCGGCUGGUGGCGCAGUGCUCCGCGCAGCUCUACUCGCACCUCACGUUCAACGGCGCGCUCGCCAAGCAGACGCACUGCGUGGGCCACAGCCUGGGCGCGCACAUCUGCGGCAUGAUGACCAACCACCUCUCCGCCAAGCAGUACAAAAUUAUCGGGCUGGACCCGGCGCGGCCGCUGGUGGACCGCUUCGGGUCGACGUCGUUCCGGCUGACGCGCGACGACGCCCAAGUGGUGCAGGUGAUCCACACUAACGCCGGCGCGCUGGGCGAGGAGGCGCAGGUGGGCCACGUCGACUUCUGCGUCAACGGCGGCGGCGUCCAGCCCAGCUGCAAGGGCCACCGCCUGCGGCGAGCGCGCUGCAGCCACUUCCAGAGCGCGUGCUACUUUGCGGCCACCGUCACCCGGCGCGGCGUGCACAUGGGCCUGCCCUGCUCCGCCGCCUGCCCCAAGCGCGGCCGCUCGCUCGGGAUUCGGCCGGGGGCUGCCGUGCCCAUGGGCGAGCACACUCCAGACAGUGCAUCGGGAACAUACUGCGUCACUAUCACAAGUGGAAAAGAUUGUCCGUUCGACUGAAUUGAUGCAAACAAGAUUCCCACAAGAAUGUGUUCAACCAUCAAUCAACUUUACAUCACAAUUAUACGGAGGUUUCAUUCGGAAACUGCAUUCAAAUACGGUCACCGCAUAACCCAUGGAGAUUGGUGAUUUUUGUCUACCUCCAAGCUUCAAAAGAACGUUUUUUAUACUUUGGACUUCUUCCAUCGGUUUUAUUAAACCAAGUGAAGAUUUACAAUAGUGACGUGUGUGUGAGUUUUGUUGAAUUAUAGUUAAGUGCAAGAAACGAAAAGAUAAUUUUGUGACGUUACAAUUAUUCAGUCGUUCUAAACAAAACAAGGAUUCUCCAAGUAAAUAAUUAACAAAUGCUCGUCACAAGAAUACACGUAAAAGAGUGUUCUGCGCCAUAAAAGACUUGGAAGUUACCAAACAGACAAUUAAAAGUGCAUAUAAUUUUAACUGAACUUCAUUUAUAUAAUAAAACAUCCACGUGUCUAAUAUUUUCCUUUCCAGCUGAGGCACAGCUAUGGCUUAAUAUUUUAACAGGCGUAAUUUUUACUGGAAAAUAAGAAUAAAAUGAAAUUCUUGC